CUCCGUCACCACUGGCGCCUCUUCCAGGCGAAAGCCGUACUGAACUUCGGCCUCAAAAACUACGCGCAAUUGCCCUGAAAUCAAAGGUGCACUGUUGCCUUCUUUUAGUUAUAAUUUCUGAGAGAGAAGUGACCCGAUAAACAUUUGCCAUCAUGGAGGCUUCACGAGGCCCGCCGAGGGUCAAGAACAAGGCCGCGGCGCCGAUGCAAAUCUCCGCCGAGCAGCUGUUGCGAGAAGCUGUCGACCGUCAAGAACCCGGAGUGCAGGUGCCUACACAGCGCUUUGCUGACUUGGAAGAGCUUCAUGAAUAUCAGGGAAGGAAGAGAAAGGAGUUUGAGGACUAUGUGCGGCGCAAUCGGAUCAAUAUGCACAACUGGAUGCGCUAUGCGCAGUGGGAGCUUGAACAGAAGGAAUACAGGAGAGCUCGAUCCAUAUUUGAGCGUGCUCUUGAUGUGGACUCAACCUCUGUGGUGCUAUGGAUUCGAUAUAUCGAGGCGGAGAUGAAGACCAGAAAUAUAAACCAUGCCCGGAACUUGCUGGACCGCGCCGUGACAAUUCUUCCCCGCAUCGACAAGCUGUGGUACAAGUAUGUUUACAUGGAGGAGAUGCUGGGCAACAUUGCGGGAACGCGACAGGUCUUUGAGCGAUGGAUGACUUGGGAGCCUGAUGAGGCAGCUUGGGGCGCUUAUAUCAAGCUAGAAAAGAGAUACGGAGAAUUUGACAGAGCCAGGGCCAUCUUUGAACGCUUUACCGCUGUGCACCCGGAGCCUCGAAAUUGGAUCAAAUGGGCACGGUUCGAAGAAGAAAAUGGUACCAGCGAUCUAGUGCGCGAAGUUUUUGGCAUAGCCAUUGAAACGCUUGGCGAAGAUUUCAUGGACGAGAAACUAUUUGUAGCCUACGCGCGAUAUGAGGCAAAGCUCAAAGAAUAUGAGCGUUCCAGAGCCAUCUUCAAGUAUGCCUUGGACAGACUGCCGCGAUCAAAAUCAGUGGCACUUCACAAAGCGUACACGACAUUCGAGAAGCAAUUUGGCGACCGCGAUGGAGUUGAAGACGUGAUCCUCUCCAAACGUAGGGUGCAAUAUGAAGAACAAAUCAAGGAGAACCCGAAGAACUACGACGUGUGGUUCGAUUACGCGAGACUGGAAGAGACACUUGGAAACGUUGAUAGAGUACGAGACGUCUAUGAACGGGCCAUAGCCCAAAUUCCUCCCACCCAGGAGAAGCGCCACUGGCGAAGAUAUAUCUACUUAUGGAUAUUCUACGCGUUAUGGGAAGAGAUGGAAAACAAGGACAUCGAACGAGCACGACAGGUCUAUCAAGAGUGUAUCAAACUCAUCCCGCACAAGAAAUUCACAUUUUCCAAGAUCUGGCUCAUGAAGGCUCAAUUCGAGAUUCGGCACAUGCAGCUACAGGCAGCUCGAAAGACGCUUGGUCAAGCGAUCGGCAUGUGUCCAAAGGACAAGCUUUUCAAGGGUUACAUUGAGCUCGAGUUGAAGCUCUUUGAGUUUGUACGGUGCCGGACACUGUACGAAAAACACAUCGAAUGGAAUCCUUCCAACUGCCAAGCAUGGAUCAAGUUCUCGGAAUUGGAGCGAGGUCUGGAUGACCUCGAACGUGCCAGGGCGAUUUUCGAGCUGGCCGUCAACCAGGAAUACCUCGAUAUGCCCGAGCUGUUGUGGAAGGCGUACAUCGACUUUGAGGAGGAAGAAGGCGAGUACGACCGGACACGAGAUCUCUACGAACGUCUGCUGGAGAAGACGGAUCACGUCAAAGUGUGGAUCAGUUAUGCUCACUUUGAGAUUAACGUUCCAGAUCCCAGCGAAGGGGAAGAGGAAGAGGAGGAGGAAGAAGAGAAGCCGGUCAGCGAUGAGGCCAAGGCGCGGGCGCGCAAGGUCUUUGAGCGGGCGUACAAGAGCAUGAAGGAGAAGGAUCUCAAAGAAGAGCGCGUUGCCCUUCUCAAUGCUUGGAAGUCCUUUGAGAACACGCACGGUUCGCCUGACGACAUCGAGCGCGUGGAGAAGCAAAUGCCCCGCAAGGUCAAGAAGAGAAGAAAGCUCGACGACGACAGCUAUGAGGAGUACAUGGACUAUGUGUUCCCUGCAGACGACGAGAGUGCUGCCAAGAUGUCCAAGCUGUUACAGAUGGCGCACCAAUGGAAGCAGACCCAAGGCGCAUAAGAGGGCAUUCGGGCGUUCGUCGUAUCAAGAAUAUUAUAUUGUCUACACUUCAUGGAGUGGUUUGGCCGUGUACAGUACAGUGCAAAUAUAUUCUCAUUGUAAUACAAAAGUGACGCCAUUCUUGUUGUCAAUUACUGGAGACUAUAGGAGUGACAUCAAUUACAACUCCUUUGACAUAUUAGCAUCUUUUUCCCAUUUAGAUUUACGACAGAUUCUCUGUCCAGAAUGUACACG